CCGGUAUCUGUCAGUGUACGUCUACCUAUUCUGAUGCGAAUCGGUUUCAUCGUUCCCGUCUAGUGAAUACGAUGAUGUAAUUACUGGAAUCCCGUUUCCAUGGGUUUUAUAGCAAUGUUAAGACCGAGUGGAUGUGACGGGAUCUUCGUUCGGAUCAUCGUAUGUUAGUGAAGUUGGUUAAACGCAAUAUGUGCGAGAGGGGCUGAGUGAAAUGAGCAGCGCCUCGCUGCCGCCCUUGCCGGCCCUCAUUCCCAUAUCAGUUUUACGAAAAAGCCCCCUCAGUAACAAUAACAGUGAAGUUGGAGAAGAAAAUUAUCGAGAUUGUGUCCCCUGCAUUAACCGUAAGAAGGUUAUUGACGUGCAGCGCCGAACGCGGCCCGCGAGGCAAUCUCCCGACGUCCUGAUCGAUAACUCACGAUCACGUGACGCGAGCGCCGCCCCACAGUCCCGGAAAAUAAGGCCUGAACGUCACCGUAAAUCAAACAGACAACGCGACCGCCACCGACGUGCCAAAACGAAAUCGAGAAGCCGCGACGGGGAUCUGUGCCAUCAUCAGGAUCAGCCGCCUAUCAAUCCGCGGGUCAACCCGAUCUUCGUCUGGGUGAGGCAAGAGGACACGCGAAUCGUGGAAGUGAAAUGCGAAGAUUACGACAAGAGGAACCGCAUCCUCCUUACGAAGACGCCGCAGGGUUGGAGGGCGACCCCCAGGACGGAAACCCUCGUCCCCUCCCAGAAGGAGGAGGAUGACAGAAAGCAUUACCAUCAUCACCGCAGUAAGAAAUCCAAGAGGAACAAGGUCAAACAGAAAUCGGCAGCUGUGCAGGUCGAGGACCUUCAUUACGAGAACGAUGAGGAUGUUUUGGCAGCUGACAAACAGGAAGAGUCGCAACCUGACUGGGAAUCCCCGGUGAACGUUGAAACUCUCCUGCCUUCUCACACGAUACACGUCCAUAGAAAAGAUUCGCGCCGUUCAGAACAAUCAUGUUCCAUCGAAAACAAUGUGAACAGUGCAGUUAACGAAAGUGCGCAGAUUGAUUUCAAGUGCAGUGCUGAAACCAGCCCGCUCGACAAUCUACUAGCUGUCGCGGAGUUGGAAUUCAACGAACAAAUACAAUCCGGGCAGUGGGAAAGUUCAGAACAUCACCAAACAUACGACAAAACAACGGAAAGUGAUACGAUAGAAAAUCUGGAGAUGAACGAAGAGCAAAAGGAUUUAAUGGAAGAUAUAGAACAUCUCCAAAACCUCAUCGAGUCCUGUAAUCAAGACGUGGGAGACAAAAUGACAACUGAAGAUAAUAUCAUCACCACAUCUCAGAAAGAAGAAUGCGAUUAUACGGAAGACGAAGAAAAUAAUUUGGCGAUGAACGACAUACUGAGCAGGUUGGAACAAUCGCUCAGAAGUCCGGAGGUAAUAGAACUGGAACCGAGUCAAUGUGAUACACAAGAACAAAUGGAUAAGGAGAUACCCAAUCAGUUGAACGAAGAAGGACCGAACCAAUGUGAUAAUUUAACUGCAUUAGAUGUAAAUACUUCCGAGAUCAGUUUAGACAGAGUCGAACCUGAAGACUUUGAGAAAAGUUGCGAUAACCCUCAAACAGUUGACGAACCAAAACAAGAGCAACCAACGGAUUUAUCUUUGAAGACAAUGAGAGACUUAACAAUCGAAAUACCGCCAAGAAACGAUUAUUGCGAACAACCCACUGACUUGAGCCUACCAAGAGAGAAUAAGCUCAGUCAGAGUGAAAUAUAUAGACCACCUUCUCAAAACUCAGAAGCGUUACAAUCUCCACAACCAAGCGGAUUACCAGCCGUCUUACCGUCACCUGGUAUCGUUUCGCCUGGGAACAUUAUUAACAUAGCUUCAAACGUAAAAGAUAAAUCGGCCAUUCCAGAAACAAACCAUCAAAUUCCAGAGCUUUCAGACAAUCCAGAAAUAAUGAUCGAGAGUCAAAAGAAACCUUUAGAUUUAGGAAAAUGUCGAAAAUCGGCUAGUCCCACCGUUACUUGCUCGCAAGAAGUGAAUAGUCCACUGAUAGAAGAUGAACCUCCUGUAAAAAAACCUAAAACGUCAGAACCUGUAACUUUGGAAGAACGUUUGGCUGUUGAAUCCAAAACCAUCGAAGACGUAUCCCAAUCCAUGCUUAAAUCAUCUGAUCCAUCGAAUAAGGAUUUAGACAUCACCCCUUUAACGCAACUUAAUCAAUUAUUAUUGGACGAGUCGCUAAAUAUACCCGAUCCUAUGUUGGUCCCUAAGAAGAUUCUAAGAAAAAUCAUCUCGAAUCCAGGAAAAGAAAUACCAGAACUAUUGAACAGUAGGCCGGAACUCAGAUUACCAGAGGCUUUGGAAUUCCCGCAUCUUCUGCAGGACCCUGAUAUACUGGUUAUCACCAUACAGCAACUGGAGGAAAUCAUAAAGCAACAGAGUCCAAUGCCGAAGAAAUUACAAAAGCCCAACGAUAAGACGGUAGACAAAAAGUCCACGAAAACAAACGACAAGGAAGAUUCAUGGAAAAGGGGUAUGCACGAGACUGGAGAAACUAUUAAAUUCAACAACUAUACAGAAAACAAAGAGGCGAAAAGUAGCAAUGAUUACGGUGAUAUGGAUAUAGCGUCUAAUGCCGCUUUGAAUCAGCUGCUCUGGUUGCCUUAUAUGAACCAGUUCGAAGCUUUGCAGUUUAGCAGGAAUCCAGACCUUAUGAUGGCCUUAGCAAACUCUAAUAUGGCUAGAACAAUGCCAUCUUCUCCAAAUCUAUCUCAUCUGAUGUCGAAUAAUGGUUUUCCAUCUGUACCCGGUAACUUCAGAAUGCCUUCUUACAAUAGUCCAUUCGAUAUGAAUUUGUGGCAGAGUUCACUCCUUCAAGCUGGAUUGCUGGGACAAAAGAAUGCAACAAAUAGUUUCGACAUGAGAAAUCCUUUUAAAGAUUUAAUGGGAAGAGCGAAUUUCGAAGAUAUGAAUAGGAAAUACAUGCAUAAUCAGAAGUAUUCGAUGGAAAACAAGUACGCCAUGCAAAAUCAGUUCUUUCAACCACCGCCUUCAAUGUCCAGCUUGUCGAAUCCCUACAUGAAUCACUCGCAAGCCUGCCAAGCGAAUAUAAAAACGAGAAUGCCAGUUGCUUCGCAGACCAGCUCGGGUACUUUAAAAAAUUCGAAUCCUCAAAAUACGAGAAUGAGUAAUGCUCAGAGGCAACACAUGCAGGAAAAACCGUAUAAUCAGGGUUCGAUCAGGAUGAAACCUGUUCACAAAUUGAUGAGCAACGUGAAACAGCAACAGAAAGAGGACAUUCACAAUCAGGUGCAUCAUUCGAAGGAGAGAUAUGUGGAUGGAAAAACCGGCCAUUAUGCCAGCCAGCCUAUCGAUCUUUCAGGUGCCAGCUCAACAACAGUAGGGGGUAAAUCGGAAGUGAUGAAGCGCCAACUGAUCGAUUCCCUGAACCAGUUGAAUCAUUCGAGGAACGAUGACGUUGGUGAGGUCGGAAGCACGACUGCCAGUAUAGAAGAGAUGCAGGAGGCGCACAAGCAUCUUUGGCAUCCCUUAUUCGGCACAGACAAGUGCCACAACAAUGUUUGGAAUUUGACACCUUCGAUGACAAUAUCAUCCGAAUAACACCGGCCUUUGCCUCCUAAUCAAAGGAGGAACACGAUAUACCAACAAUCCCAUUAUGGUUUUGAUAGAUCCAAUGGAGUCACUGAUACCGCAUCCACAAGGUUUCCUCCGUUCACAAACAGAUGACGUCCCACUUAUCCAUAAAUGAAAAGAGAAGAAUGUUCCUGUAUUAGAAAUACUCACCCAUUCUUGUAAAUAAGUUCAUAGUGUACCCACUCAUCAAUUAAGUUAUAGUUAAACUCAUUUCGAACUGUUGAUUUUUUCGUUUUGUUCUUGGAUAGAAAUAUAUUUAAUGAUAUUGUCGUUGUGUGGUUUAAAUUCUCUGAGAGUUACUUUGUUGUUUAUAAAUGUUAUUCAACACUAUUUUUUGUAGAGAAGAUUCUGUUACAUUCCACAUUUUUCACAUGAUAAUCGAGAUGUAAUCUUAUUACACUUUCAAUUAUUUUUAUAGGUAUUAUAGUAAAUAUGUCUUGGAUAAAGCUAGCAAAAAUUUUUCACGUAAUAAUAUAUUCUCCUUAUCAAUCGUACUGUAUAUAGAAGAAUUGAAUUAUUCGAAGAUGUGAAAAAGUAAUACAACAGUAUACCUACUAAAUAUAUGGGAAUAGUAAAUUAAAUUAGUUUUGAAGUGAAAUUGUUAUAUUUUUUGGGUCGAGAAAAACUAUUCUGUUCUAUUCAUAUACUUCUUAAUAUUACUAAUAGGAAGGUUUUCUUUGUUUCGGUGCUGUUAACAGUUUUCCGAAUUCAUCUUCACCGCAAAAGAGCAGCCAAUUUAAAACUGGUCAUACCCACAAUUCGACAAUUCAAUACUGCGGAUCAAAAUUGUGGUGAGUCUUCUCUUCUCCAAUGUAAUUGAAUACAUAUCGAUAAAUUAUAAGAAAAAUUUCAAAAUUUUUCGUGAAUCUUGAAAUGUAGACAAUAAAACCUACUAGUAGGAAUUUGUUUGAAAAUUAUAGCAUUUAAACGCUUUUGGAAAUAAUAUAUGUUUUGAUUAUUUGUUCUCUGAAGAACCAUUCCUCUUUAAGUUUUGUUUUAUAUUCAAGUAUUUUUUUCUAUGAAAACUACUGUAUAGAUUGUACUAAAUAAUAGUCAACUUAUUGAAUAAAAGAACAAAUUUCGUGUU